GUAGAAUGAAACCUACUGAGUAAUGUGAUAUUGCGAAAUCUAACUUGAAGUCCUAUACUACUAUUGUGGCUUCUGGUAAACCAUUUUUAAACUCGUCUUUUCAAAUUACCGACAUUUCAGAAGGGAAAUUGUCAUUGCCUCUCACAUCCUGACUAAAAUAAAGAUGUGUUCCUCACCGCAGCUAGUCCACCUUUUUAGCUUGACUUCCUUCACUCUCAGAACUCACACAAUGCCAGUUCCUCUUCACGGCAUCAGCGCUUCAAGCAAUUGAACGAGGGUUAUCUACAGCAUGAUAUCAUCACCCCAGUGCAGGAGGAGCUGAUAAUGGAGGAGGUGCAGCAGAACAACAGCAAUGGCACUGAAUCACAGACAAUCACCAUUCCAACCACAUUGCAUGCAUCCCAGAUCUCACAGAUUGCACAACAGAUGUCUUUGGGAGGCUCUCCAAUAACGGUGGUUCAGCUGCCGAGUGGACAGCUUCAGGUUCAGAGUGUCAUCCAGACAGCCCAGUCAGUCAUCCAGUCACCUCAGGUACAGACUGUGCAGGUAUCAUCGCUGUCUGACAGUGAAGAUUCACAGGAUUCCUCAGACAGUGCGGGUUCAUCACAGAAAUCAAGAGACAUCCUAGCCAGGCGACCAUCGUACAGGAAGAUAUUGAACGACCUGUCUUCUGAGGAGAUGGCAGCGCGCAAUGACGAAGAGGAGAAUGCUUCCUCUACGGGCAUGACGACGAUGACGGUACCGACGCCGAUCUACCAGACCAGCACCGGCCAGUACUUUGCGAUAGGUCCUAAUGGAGCGAUCCAGCUGGCCAGCCCUGGGACAGACGGGAUACAGGGUCUACAGACACUAACGAUGACCAAUUCUGGAGCCACAGCACAUCAGGGGACCACCAUUCUGCAGUACGCACAGACGUCAGACGGACAGCAGAUACUGGUGCCCAGCAAUCAAGUUGUGGUGCAGUCAGCCGGAGGGGACAUGCAGACGUACCAGAUUCGAACGACCCCCACCACCACCACGUCCUUGCCACAGACUGUCGUGAUGUCAUCGCCGGUCACUCUCUCGUCUCACACCACCAAGUCGGACGACCCUCAGAUGAAAAGGGAAAUCAGACUAAUGAAAAACAGGGAAGCAGCGCGGGAGUGCCGUAGGAAGAAGAAGGAAUACGUGAAAUGCCUGGAGAACCGCGUGGCAGUCCUGGAAAACCAGAACAAGACGCUCAUCGAGGAACUGAAGACAUUAAAAGAUCUUUAUUGCGUCAAAACGGGGUAAAGAAACAUCGACGCCACGGGAGCGCUGAAAAAAUGCAUACAGACUUGUGGGUGGGGUUGGGAACUUUAUUAAUCCUUUUUACAUAAAAUUUAACUGUAAAGAAAUCUGCCACGCGUUUCUACCUUUUAAAAAAGAACAAUUUUAGUAGGUUUGUUAUACAGUACUUGCAUCUUUUUAUUGUAGGACAAUAUAGAAAAAUGACUAAUAUUAAGGACAAAGACACCAAAGCCGGAUCCUGAGUUAACCCGACACGCUGUCACAGCGGCGUUUCUCAGUCCUGACGACCUGUACAGAGAUUCGUCACUUUUUUUUCUUCUUCUUCGCAGUAGCAAUCCCAUUGACUUAUUUUAGUAUCAUGAAGUGCAGUAUUCUGUUUGUGUAACUAUGCCUUGUGAUCCAUGUAAAAUGUAUGGGUAAGCAAUUUCAUUUUGUUGGCUGUGGUCCUUGAUUUUGCUGAAUAGGUACAGUAGAGACACCCCCCAAUUCUUCAAAACUGACGCAUUGAAAGUCUUUACAGUAACUAUUUUAACGAGAAACUGCGUCCGCAUCUCUGGGACAGCAGGCUGGGAUCUCAUAGCCUUGUUUUUUUUUUUUUUUUUUUCUGUAGAUUUGGGAGUUGAAUCUGUAAUAAACAGCAAAUCUAGAGGUAUUUAUUUGGAUGGGUGUGACUCGUUCAUGACAGGCACAGGGUUAUUCAGAAGA